AUGUCUUCAGAAUCGCUUAAAGAGCAAUUUAUCGCCGAAAAUGGCGAACAUGCAUGGAAAGACUGCUGGCAAAGCAUCCUCAAACUCAGCCCGGGGUUCUUCAAAGCCAGUCUCGAUCUUCUCAGUGUACCAAAACGAGCCGGUCAUCACCACCUACCCGCUAAACUCCAAGCACUCAUUGCCCUUGCAGUGGACAGUGCAUCUACUCAUCUUUAUGCGCCUGGUAUACAAGAACAUAUCCAAACUGCUCUCAAAGAAGGUGCUACAGUGGCAGAGAUAGUCGAGGUUGUUGAAUUGACCUCAACACUUGGUAUACAUGCCUGUAAUAUCGGCGUCCCCAUACUUGCAGAAGUUCUCAGAGAAGAGAAUCAUCCUGCGGGGCAAGCAUCACCCUUCAAUUCUCGCCAGGAGCAGCUCAAAGCUGAAUUUAUAAAGAACAGAGGAUAUUGGCACGUAUUUUGGGAGGAUUUCCUACGACUUGACCCUGAUUUCUUCGCGGCAUACUUGAAUUUCUCUUCUGUUCCAUGGACCAAAAAGACAGAACAUGGCGAAAACGGGGCUUUAGAACCAAAGGUAAAGGAGCUCAUAUACUGUGCAUUUGAUGCAGCAGCAACACACCUGUAUGUGCCUGGGCUAAAAUUGCACAUGAGAAAUGCUUUGAGAUACGGAGCCACUCCACAGGAAAUUAUGGAGGUCUUGGAGAUUGCCACGUCAUUAAGCUUGCAUACUGCGAAUGUAGCUGUUCCCAUAUUGGAGAAAGAGUUAUCCAAGAAAUGA